UGUGACGCCGAGAGGAAGCGGCGAGGGGGAAGCGGAGCCAUGUCUGCAGCAGCCUUGGAUGCAGAAUCCCUCGGAGGAGACGACUGCCUGGAAGAGGACGAGGAGGAGCUGGAGGCGAGCUUGGAAGACCACGAGAACGUGGGGAAAUUACUGAUUCCCGGCAGGCGUAGCUGCUGCAUCCUGACCCGUCGCGGAAUCACUCUGCGCGUGCUUCUCAAAGACGGGCUGAUUGAGCCUGGAGAGGGCGUCCUCUCCAUUUACUACCUGGGCAAGAAGUUCUUGGGCGACCUGUUGACGGAUGGCAAGAUCGUUUGGCAGGAGACGGGUCAAGUGUUCAACUCGCCAAGUGCCUGGGCGACCUACUGCAAAAAGCUUGUCAACCCAGCCAAGAAGUCUGGGUGUGGCUGGGCGUCAGUCAAGUAUAAGGGCCAGAAAUUAGACCAGUAUAAAGCUGUUUGGCUGAAGAAGUACCAGCCCAACACGCCCCCUGCAGAGGAGAGUUUAGUGAGCGAAGGGGAAGAGGAUGAGCUUGCCGAGGAGGAGGAGGAAGAAGCCAAGGGGGUUAAGUCAGUCCUCUCAGAGUCCAUGCUAGCUAAGAAAUUGGAGGACAAGACCCGGAAGCAGCAGGGCAAAAGUCUUGCAGAACUGCACAGCUCAGAUAACAGCAAAAGGCUGGACUGCAGGAAUCGAAUCCCUGUCCGUUAUUGCAGCCUGGGGAGUCGGGACUCUGCCAGGAAUCCCCACACCUUGGUGGAAGUGACGUCUUUCGCAGCCCUUAACAAGUUCCAGCCUUUCAAUGUCGCCAUCUCCAGCAACGUCCUUUUGUUAGUGGAUUUCCAUAGCCACCUGACGAAGAGUGAAGUGACUGGCUAUCUCGGCGGUCGUUGGGACACCAACAGCCAGUUGUUAACAGUGCUGAGGGCAUUCCCUUGCCGAUCACGCCUUGCAGACGGGGACUUAGCAGCUGCUGUGGAAGAAGAGAUAUGCCAGAACCUCUUUAUGCGUGGGCUUUGCCUGGUGGGCUGGUAUCACAGCCACCCAUUCAGCCAUGCCCUGCCAUCUCUCCAGGACAUCGAUACUCAAAUGGACUACCAGUUGAAGCUCCAGGGGACCAGCAACAGCUUCCAGCCUUGCUUGGCUCUCAUCUGCGGUCCGUACUGCCAUGCAAACCAAGGCAUGGAGUCGAAGAUUUUGCCCUUCUGGGUUAUGCCCCCUCCGGAGCAAAGGCCUUAUGAUUACGGCAUCCCCAUGGAAGUUGAGGUCACCUACGUCCAAGACGGCUUCCUCACCAAUGACGUUCUCCACGAGAUGAUGCUGCUGGUGGAGUUUUACAAAGCAGCGCCCGACAUAGUGAAGUUUCAAGAGAUGUGGAGUCAGGAGCAGACCUAUUUGGAUAAACUAAAGGGCUCAUUGGCUUCCAGGACGCCCAAGGACCAAGGUUUCGGACACAUCCUGGAACAAGUCUACAGCAUCCUCAAACAAUACAGCUGAAACCAGGAGGAACCAUGAAGGCUCUUCAAGGAGCUGCCGGUCACGGGUUAGGGAAAGACGUUUGGGCGAGAAGCUCCCCGCCUACUUUGAAACCCAGUUCUGCUGCAUCUUGCUUGGCGGGUGGAGAGGGAAAUGGAGACAGUGUGUGUGUGUGUGUUUAAGAAAGGUUUUUUUAUGAGUUUAAGAGGAGACACUGGACCAGCCAAGAAGACGCUUUGAUUUGCCUAUGCGGAAGCUUGAGAAGCUAUCUGUUCCCCUGUACUGGGCUCGGCGUGACGUGACAGAACACACCCAUUUCAUAGAUGGUCGACUGAAGCAGGGAGCAGAAGCAACUUGGCUUGCGAGGCCUCAAAAGGACCCUCUGGGUAGAUCUCGAAUUCAAUCCAGCAAAGCAUUGUGCGCUGGUCCACACCGCUGAUCUCCUCUUGAGGUUUUCUGAGAUGAAAUGGAAGCCCUCAGCUCUCCAGUUUCGUCUUACGUUUCGUGCUGUGAAGGGUGGGUGGGUAGGGAGAAACUCACCUACGACCUCCUAUGUUUGGGGUGGGUGUGUCUGAGCUGAUAAGAGGGCAGAUAUAAAAAAGGGGUGGCGUGGUGUUGCCUUUCUAAAAAUUUCACGGAUCUGUAGAAGCAGCAAAAUCCGAGUAAAAAGGCAGCGGAUUUAAGCUAAAAAAGGACGGAAGCUUACUUUGUGUAAAAACAGGCUUGCGGCAGGUUGGUGAAAAUCUAGCAUUGCCCUUACCGUGUUCCUUAAAAGCAGCUGUGCAUCAAUCUGUUCCUGCGGCUCUCGGGUAGGGAAGCUGCGAUGCUUCAGAUGCUUCUGGACUCCUGGCAGGAAUGACAGGAGCUGGGAAGCCCAGCAAACUGGUUGCGACGGCUCUGCAGAGCAAGCUGCCCCCAGGAGGACAUUUGCCUGGCACAUCUCUUUCCGAUGUACAGUCCUGCCCUGGCUUCCCUCUGGUCAGCCUCUGCUGGGGAUGGGGCCGUUCUGUCCCAGUUUUUGUUGUUGUUGAAUGUACAGGCAACUCCCUGCUCACACGUGUUCUGUUUGCCAAGCACCCAGAAGUGGUACCCAGAAAUGAGAAGCACCUGGUCAGCUACUAGGCUGUCGCUCCGGCUCAUGCGAGGGCUUGGUUGACCAGCUCAGAUUCCCCGUGCAUCAGUAGGCCUUUGCUGAACAGCCUCAACAAGCCUCUGGCUUGUGAGGAGACC